GCAGAGAAAGGUAAACAGCAAUGCAGGAAGUCGUAAAUACUCUUACCGCACUGUGGGAGAGCCCCCAAGCUCCACGUCUCUCAACACAGUCCGCACCUGGGAUUGAGACACUCGACCAGGUACAAUGACGUCGACAAUCCACACAGCCUCCGCACAGUCAGACUGAGAAGUUUGACAGUUUAGUUUACUCACAGUCUAACUGCAGACUCACUCGUGCGUUUGCUACACCUUUUGGACAAGGAAAUAAACUGAUCGCUUUUGUAUUAUCACAGACUACCUGAAAUCCCCAAUAACACGGGUUAGAGCCCCGAACAGUUACAGCAGGGACCUGUGGCUUUCUUUUUUUCUUGGCUACAAUAGCAAACUGCGUAUUGUUUUAAUAGAAGGGAUUCAACAGUCCACAAUGUCUCGUGAUCCAGAGGAGGUGAAUAAACUCACCGAAAGUACCUACAAGAAUGUUAUGGAACAGUUCAAUCCCGGUUUACGAAAUCUUGUAACACUGGGUAAAAACUAUGAAAAAGCUGUUGUAGCAAUGACUCUGGCAGGAAAAACGUACUAUGAUGCUGUUUCCAAAAUCGGGGAGAUAGCUACGGUGUCGCCAGUGUCCAGAGAAUUGGGGGUCGUUCUCAUGGAAAUCUCAGACGUACAGAAAAAACUGAACGUAGAGCUAGAAGAAAACUUUAAAAAGUUUCACAAAGAUAUAAUUGCUGAACUUGAACGAAAAACUGAACUGGAUCAGAAGUACAUGAAUGCCACCCUGAAGAGAUACCAGACGGAGCACAGAAGCAAGUUAGACUCAUUAGAAAGAUCUCAAACCGACCUAAAAAAACUGAGAAGGAAAAGUCAAGGAAAGAAUGUGACAAAGUAUGAAACCAAAGAAAAUGAAUAUCUGGAGACGGUGAGCUCCCGCCAGACCGACAUGCAGAAGUUCAUCGCCGAUGGGUGCCGGGAGGCCUUGCUGGAGGAGAAGAGGCGCUUCUGUUUCCUUGUUGACAAACACUGCACAUUUUCUUAUCAUCUUUGCAGCUACCAUGAUAAGGCUAAAGAACUGCUUAAUGUAAAUCUGCCUAGCUGGCAGGAUAAGUGCACUGAUGCCACCAAGGUGCCAGAUACCAUCAUGACCCUGAUCAAGGACAUUAAGACACCAGGAUCUACUCCAGUCUCAGGAACUCCACAGCCAUCGCCGAUGGUAGAAAGAUAUAUUAUGCACAACACAGAACCACCAAAACCACCUCCCGCACCGCAGAUAAAAGCACACCCAAGUCCUCUUGCAGAGAUGUUCAACAUCCCUGCCUCCCCGAAGGCCCCAGCCAUGACACAGAGGAACAGUCUGCAUUCCGAUUACAACAAUGGCGAUUAUCUGCCCAAGUCUGUCUCUGUUGCAACUGGAGUGAACACGAUUAAAAGACCAAAGAUGAAAACCAUCUUUCCACAUACUGCUGGGAAUAACAGCACUCUGCUCAGUUUCGAUGAAGGUGACAUCAUCAUUCUGCUUUUACCAGAGGAGAAAGAUGGUUGGCUGUAUGGAGAGCAUGAGCAGUUGAAGCAGAAAGGUUGGUUUCCAUCGUCAUACUGCCGACCUUAUACAGAGGAAGAACAGGAACAGAGCAAUUCUAUGCCAGUCCGGAGUAUUAGCAUAGCCAGCCUAGCAGAGAAAGAGAAGGGGAGCAUGGUACUGCCCGCUCCAGAUUACUUUGAGUCUUCACCAACGAGGACUGUCAACAAAAACACUUCCCCUGAGCAUACAAGCCAGAAACCGAAUGGGAUUGUAAAGUCACUUUUUGAAGGUGGUGAAAAUCCAUUCGCGACCGUCAAACUUCGACCAACGGUAACCAAUGACAGAUCAGCACCCAUUAUUUGAAGUUUCUGAGAUCCACACCCAGAGGAAUUGGAUUGGAUUUCUUCAUAUGCCACGUCUGCGUUCUGUAAAGUCUUCAGUCUUCCUAAGCACAUAGAUCUCAGAGAGAGUUCAUUUUAGUAACUGUCAAACCAAAUCCAAGAGUAUAUAUAUAUAUAUAUAUAUAUAUAUAU